GUCUGUCCACCUCCAUCAUCCUCAUCCUCCUCCUCCUCCUCUUCCUCCUCCUCAUCCUCAUCGUCGUCGUCAGCAGAGUUCGGUUCUGAUGAGCACCGUGACGAGCCGCGUGGACGGAGAGGAGAAGCCCAAAGUGAAGAUGUUGUCCCCGGGAUUUGGGAUCGAUAAGUCCCGUCUGCACGGCUCCGGGUUCCGGUCGAAAGGCUUCGCCAUCACCGACCUGCUGGGCCUGGAGUCGGACCUGCAGGCCCGGCAGCAGCCCCCCGGGGUCCCGGGUACGGGCCUGUCGGCGGCGGGCUCCGGGCCCGGGGCGGAGCCGCACGGAGCCGGCGGCGGCCUCGGCGGCUUCUCGUUCCCGGGCGGGUCUCUGCCGCUCGGCCUCGGCUUCCUGUGCAGCCUCGCGGCCCAGCAGCCCCCCGGGGCCCCCUGCUUCCUGCCCGGACACCUGCCGCUGCUGCAGCGGGCCGACGGCCACUACCUGCAGAACCUGGAGGCCCAGAGAGACGCCUACUCCGAUGAUGAUUGUCUCUCUGAUCGGAACGAUGCCAAAAGUUCAGCGAACUCACAGAAGAGGAAGAAACGGAGACACAGGACGGUGUUCACGUCACACCAGCUGGAGGAGCUGGAGAAGGCGUUCCACGAGGCGCACUAUCCCGACGUGUACGCGCGCGAGAUGCUCGCGAUGAAGACGGAGCUUCCCGAGGACCGGAUACAGGUCUGGUUCCAGAACCGGAGGGCGAAGUGGCGGAAGCGGGAGAAGUGCUGGGGCCGCAGCAGCGUCAUGGCGGAGUACGGCCUCUACGGGGCGAUGGUGCGUCACUCGAUCCCGCUGCCGGAGUCGAUCCUCAACUCCGCCAAGAACGGGAUGAUGGGGUCGUGCGCCCCCUGGCUGCUCGGUGAGCCGCAUGCACGAAUGCACAAAAAGUCUAUUGAAAUGUCCAAGAAGUGUCCGAGUUCUCCGGCGUCCGACUCCACGCGCCCCGACUCGUUCUGCAUCACGUCGGAGCGACGCGGCGGCGGCGAGGCCCGGGAGGCGGAGCAGGAGGAGGAGCUUGUGGAGGAAGAGGAGGACGCAGAGGAAGAAGUGGCCAUCGACCUGUCCAGCUCCUCCAAACAGCAGCAUCAUCUGGAGGAGGGAGGAAGGCCCGCCCCCUCGCUGCGGCGGCAGAGCGGCAGCGAGUCGGACGAACACAGCUGAAGGUCCAUCUAUCCUUUCUUGCUCCGGGGUCACGAGGAUCUGAUUGGCUCAGGGAGCGCACCAAUCACUGAACAGCUGCCACAUCAUUUGUUUCUAUGAUGUUUUUACUUUAACGUACGAGCUUAUGAGCUAAAGUUUUAGCUUGUGAUUAUUUAAAAUGCAACAAAUGAAUCAGAGUGCUAAGACAAUAACGUCACACUGAAAUUUGCGCUAAACUGUUAGCAUCGAGGCACAAUUUGAUCAAGCUCUCAUGUUUACUGGUGAUAUAAAUGAUGUAACAGUGAACUGGUUGUUUAUUGUUGACCGAUGUGCUAACGUGUUAGCUGGUAAAGUAAUAAGAUGUUAGCACGUUAGCAAGCUAACAACCUCUAGGACGUUUCGAAACCAGUGAAUUUAAAAGACUAAAAAACACUUCUUGACUUUUUUAAAGACACAAAACUAACUGGUGAUGCUAAAACGAACUACAACAGUUAACGUGUUGGUCUGUUAGCGACUCGCUGUGCUCCCGGAAUGCUCACAUCAGAUUGUCACUCAGUCGGACUGAGGAGUUCUGUGAUCGUUGGAGGUUGUAAAUGACGACGUCUGUGUCUUUAUCAUCGUUUUGUCCUGAAACUAUGUUUUAUAUCUGUGUUUUUUGAAAACAAGAGACUAUUUAAUGUUUUAUUCCUGUUGGUGUUUUAAAGCCUGACUGACUGACUCUCUGUGGAUGAAUGUAAUUUAAAUGUAAUAUUUAAAAAAGUUGUUUAUUAUUAUUAUCAUUAUUAUUAUCCUAUGUAUGUACAGCACAGGUUCAGCAGGAUGGUGAAUAAAAAAACAGUAUUUUUGGAAAAACUGGGACUUUUAUUUGUGUCAUUUAUCAUCAACAACACAGACGCUACAGAAUAUUUAAUUUCAAAAUUAUUUUAUUAUUUCUGUCUCCAUCAUUUGAUCAAUGAAAAAUGUGCUGUACUGAAGUAGAAGAUGAUCAUCGGCCUUGUGGAACUUUGUUAGUUUGUAUUUUUAUAUUUUAACAACU